AUGUAUGUCGUGUUGGACAAGGGGAACGAAUGUUGGGUUGUGUCUAGAUUAGAACUGAGGCAUUCUCACCCCUGUUCGGCUAAGAAAGCUGACCACUAUCAUGAGUACCGAGAGCUGACAAUGCAUGCUAAGUGCGUCAUUACGGAUAACGACGAGGCUGGAAUAAGACCCAACAAGACAUAUCUAGCACUGGCAAACGAGGUUGGUGGGUUCGCAAACCUAGGUUUUUCAGAAAAAGAUGUCAGAAAUUACAUCACACGCAAUCUCCGAUGCUCCGAUGACAAUGUGGACUUCCAGGGGAUGAUAAAUUAUUUCGUUCGAAUGAAGGAGAUCAAUCCCAACUUCUUUUAUGCAAUAGAUGUUGACGAUGCUAAUAAAUUUAGGAGCGCACUUUGGGUAGAUGCAAGGUGCAGGGCUUCGUAUGAAUACUACGGAGAUGUGGUGUCGUUUGACACCACAUACAGAAAAAACAGGUAUGGUCUGCCCUUUGCAUCCUUUGUAGGUGUAAACCACCAUGGGAAGUCCACUCUUUUUUGCUGCACUUUACUUGGGAGCGAGGAGAUCCAUAGUUUUGAGUGGAUGUGCACGCAGUGGGUGAGAUGCGUUGGGACUGCACCAAGGGGGAUUAUCACUGACCAGUGUAAGGCGAUGACUGGUGCUAUUAGGAAUGUCCUACCUGACACUAUCCACCGAUGGUGCAUCUGGCACAUAAUAAAGAAAUCACAAUUCAAGCUUGGUGGAUACGCUAGGUACGGAGAACGAGUGCAAUGA